AUGCGGCCGCAGUUGUAUCGUGCGGCCGCCCGGCUCGUCCGGGUCCCAAAGGUCAACCAUCUCAGGACCUUCGCAACGACAUUUCCUCGCUCUGCCGAGGUGGAACUCACUAUUGAUGGAAAGAAGGUUUCGGUAGAAGCUGGCUCGGCUCUCAUCCAAGCUUGUGAAAAGGCAGGUGCGACAGUACCAAGAUAUUGUUAUCACGAGAAGCUUUUGAUUGCAGGUAACUGCCGUAUGUGUCUCGUCGAAGUCGAACGGGCCCCUAAGCCUGUGGCAUCAUGUGCUUGGCCUGUGCAACCUGGCAUGAACGUCAAGACCAAUUCGCCACUGGUGCAUAAAGCUAGGGAAGGUGUUAUGGAGUUUCUUCUUGCCAAUCAUCCUCUGGAUUGCCCUAUCUGCGAUCAAGGUGGAGAGUGUGAUCUUCAGGACCAAUCCAUGCGGUAUGGUGCUGACCGUGGACGUUUCCACGAGGUCGGAGGCAAGCGUGCUGUUGAAGACAAGAAUAUUGGGCCUCUGGUUAAAACCUCUAUGAAUCGCUGUAUUCACUGUACGCGUUGUGUUCGAUUUAUGAAUGAUGUUGCCGGAGCCCCCGAACUCGGAACCUCCGGCAGAGGAAACGACAUGCAAAUCGGUACAUACUUGGAGAAGAACCUCGACUCCGAGCUUUCUGGCAACAUCAUUGAUCUUUGUCCAGUUGGAGCUCUUACAUCCAAGCCCUACGCUUUUCGUGCUCGCCCCUGGGAAUUGAAGCACACUGAGUCUAUUGACGUGCAUGACGCUUUGGGGUCGAACAUAAGAAUAGACACUAGAGGCAUGGAGGUGAUGCGGAUACUCCCGAGGCUGAACGAUGAUAUCAACGAGGAAUGGAUCAACGACAAAUCUCGAUUUGCUUGUGAUGGCCUUAAGACUCAGAGACUCACAACGCCUUUAAUUCGUCGGGAAGGAAAAUUUGUUCCCGCGACGUGGGAGCAAGCUUUGACCGAGAUAUCAUCAGCUCAUCAGCGACUUCAUGUGACGGAGAAUGAGUUCAAGGCUGUUGCCGGGCAUCUUGUCGAUGCCGAAACCUUAGUGGCCAUGAAGGAUCUGGCCAAUAAGCUUGGGUCCGACAACCUUGCGCUGGAUCAGCCAGGUGGCGGUUCACCGGUUGCCCAUGGUGUUGAUGUUCGCUCCAACUAUCUUUUCAAUUCCAAGAUCUAUGGAAUUGAGGAGGCCGAUGCGAUCCUUUUGGUCGCUACAAACCCCCGCCAUGAAGCUUCCGUUCUUAAUGCGCGUAUUCGCAAGCAAUAUCUUCGCUCAGAUCUUGAAAUUGGGCUUGUUGGCGAGGAAUUCGAAAGUACUUUCGAAUUCGAGCACCUCGGGGCAGACGUUUCCGCUUUGAAAGCUGCUCUUUCUGGAAAGUUCGGAGAGAAGCUUUCUACGGCCAAAAGACCUAUGAUCAUCGUUGGCAGUGCUGCGGUUGAACACGCGGAUGCCAAAGUGAUCUUUGAGUCCAUCGGUAAUUUCGUUGAGAAACACGCUAACAACUUCAAUACUUCGGAAUGGCAAGGAUACAACGUUCUUCAACGCGCAGCAUCCCGUGCAGCUGCCUAUGAAGUGGGCUUCACUACGCCAUCUUCAGAAGUUACUCGGAGCAAGCCCAAGAUGGUCUGGCUUCUUGGUGCUGAUGAAGUCGCCCAGAGCGAAAUCCCUAGUGACGCCUUUGUCAUUUACCAAGGACAUCAUGGUGACCGAGGCGCUCAGCUUGCGGAUGUUGUUCUGCCCGGCGCAGCGUACACUGAGAAGUCAGGUACCUACAUCAACACCGAGGGUCGUGUCCAAGUUACUCGAGCUGCAACUUCUUUGCCUGGGGCUGCGCGUGAUGACUGGAAGAUCAUACGUGCUGCCAGUGAAUUCCUAAACAUACCUCUUCCAUACGAUGACAUCGAGGCCCUGCGCGACCGUAUGGAAGAGAUCAGCCCUGUUAUGCGCCGAUAUGACGUGGUUGAACCAACAUCGAUGAGCUCAUUGAGCAAGGUCCAAUUAGUUGAUCAAAACAAGGGCAUCCAAUCCACUAAUACGCUUUUCAAGAAAGUCAUCAAUGAUUUCUAUUUUACUGACUCAAUCUCUCGGAGUUCUCCGACUAUGGCUCGUUGCUCUGCCGCUAAAGCUACCGGAAAUCCGGAGACAAACUUCAUGGCUGCUGGGGAAAUGUCCCCGAAGGCUUUGUAUGGCUAGAUGCCAGGUUCUCACUAUUACUCCGGUUUCUACUUAUUGUCUGGUGGUCUAGGCGUUGUCGUUGUAACACCUAAACAACUUUCCUCUUUGUUGCUUUUGCCCUAGUCCAAUGUUAUUCUACUUAAGUACUGUUCUUUCGCUUCGCGUUGUCUCAUAGCUCCCAAUUCCGCUUAGAUAAGUCUCAAACCACAGCAGCUGUGGUUAAGUUGUACAUAAGAAAAUUUGAAUGAUAGCUGGAGGUACGGCAAGCCCGCAAUAUCCUUAUC